AUGCUUUACAUGGUUGGCUUGGAUGGUGGUCUUAUCCCUGGCGAUGAAGACUCAAAUCAUCAUUAUCUUAUGACGCUUGAUCUGACUUCCUCAUUUUCUGUCAACGAUGGAUCAAAUUACAAAUUAACUAUUAUCAAUGACACCGUCCCGGACGUUAAAUACCAAGCAUUUUGGCCUAGUCGCGAUAAUUCGACAUUAUAUAUGUACGGGGGAAUGUUUCUUAACAACGUGUCGACUGAUACUGGGAUUUGGGCGUACAGCCCAAACCAGAAAGUCUGGCAAAUACUAGAACAAGAGAUUAUCAUUCCCACGCGGCUCGUCAACGGAGCCAAUACGAAUGCACCUCAAAUCCAGGCUGCCUAUUGGGUUGGUGGAUACCAAGAUUCGGAUACGACUGUCACGAUUACGGACUCGACUGUGAACUACGCCAAAGGAAUGAUUCAACUGAAUACAACCACCGGAAUCUACACCUCACUCGAAGCACCUUUCACUCCUGUUCAGGAUGGCUCAUUAAGUUACAUCCCAGUCGGAGAAAUGGGUAUCUUGGUAUACGUUGGUGGAGAAAUUCCAUCAAUUCAAGAUGGAAUCAACGCAACCCUAGUUCCAAAUAAAUGGGAUUAUGUGCAGGUCUAUGACAUCGCCAAGGCUAAAUGGUACAAUCAGACCACUAGCGGCUCAGGCGUAUCUCGGACUCAAUACUGUGCCUCUGUUCAGCAUGAUGAAUCGUCUUCAUCAUAUGAGAUAUUUUUUGUCGGUGGUGCGGACUUUGAAACGGAAGAUGUAAUCACGGAUGUGUCAUACUUGUCAAUUCCAUCUUUCAAAUGGUAUCAGGCCAGCCCAGUUGAUACAGGUAGAAUGACUAUGGACUGUGCCACAUACGGCUCCCAGAUCUUCGGAGUCGGAGGGCGUCUUGCUUGGUAUGUGGACGAAAGGGCUGGCUGCUAUAAAAUGCCUGCUUUCAUAUACGAUGCUGAGUCGCAGGCUAUCAGAACCGACUUCGAUCCCACAAGAACCGCAUACUCGGUCUCUGCCUCAACCUACGAUGAUAUCAAAAAGUCACCUUAUCCCUCCAAGUGGGCAGAUUCAAAUCUCAAGGCCCUCUUUGUGGCCGCGAACACGAAUAAAAGUUCCACCAACAGUACAUCAACGGCUAAAGAUGCAAUUUCAAGUUCAAACAGCUCGACUAAUACAGGUGCUAUUGUCGGUGGUGUUGUUGGAGGUGUGGCUGGCCUUAUAAUCACUGGGGCCUUGGUGUAUUUCUGCAUUUUCAAACAUAGGAAAAAUAAAAAGGCAGCACAUGGAGUCGUCACAGAAAAGCCUUCUGUUUUGAUUGAUAGCCCAGCAAGGGCAGGUCAAGUAUUAUCAGAACUUUGGGAUGCAAAAGAUCCAUCGGAGCUUGGUGGGAACGGACGGUCUGAGUUAGCCAGUCGUCGGGCAACGACAAGAUUUGAGCUGGCUGGAAAAUAG